AUGAAGUUAGAGAUCUUCGCCCCCCGCACCUCCUACGAGGACAAGACGGCCAGCGACCUGGAAGGCGCCGGCGGCAGCCGUGCCCCAUCGUCGCCCCUCUCUGCUGCGGGUGAGGAUGACCUGGGCUCUGAUGAGGAUUGUGCAGCUAACAGCCCGUCCUGCAGCAGUCUAGCAGGAGAGCUGGCGACCGACUGCAGCCACAGCAGCAGCAGCAGCAGCAGCGGGGGCGAAGGCAGCGAGGGCGGGUGCUCCGGGGAAGACCCCAUUUUGACAGCCUCAGCCUCCGAAGGCGCUUCGACUGAGCCAGGAGGAAACUCCAGCGCAAGCAGCGGCGGUGGCGGCAACCCCAGCGGCAGCAGUUGCGAGGGAGGGAGCGGGCGGAGCAAGCCUUACACCCGGCGACCCAAGCCCCCUUACUCCUACAUCGCGCUUAUCGCCAUGGCCAUUCGAGACUCCGCCGGGGGCCGCCUGACCCUAGCCGAGAUCAACGAGUAUCUCAUGGGCAAGUUCCCCUUCUUCCGCGGCAGCUACACGGGCUGGCGCAACUCGGUGCGGCACAACCUCUCGCUCAACGAUUGCUUUGUCAAGGUGCUGCGCGACCCGUCCCGCCCCUGGGGCAAGGACAACUACUGGAUGCUCAACCCCAACAGCGAGUACACCUUCGCCGAUGGGGUCUUCCGCCGCCGCCGCAAGAGGCUCAGCCACAAGGCAGCGGCGCCCCCGUCCUUGCAGCCCGAGGAGAACGCUCCAGGAGCCGCGGCCGCAGUCGCUGCUGCAGCUGUGGCAGCUGCUCACCCGGCCGGCGCCGCCCGCCUGCUGCUGCCGCCGCCUCCACCUCCUCCCCCUCCUCCUCCUCCCCUGACUUCAGUGGGUCGUGUCCCAGGCGGCGGCGGCGGCGGCGGCGGCUCAGUGCCCUCUUCUUCCACCUCCUCCUCGUCCCUAUCUCCGUCCUCCUGCUCCCCAGGCUGCAAGGGGGAAAACACGAGCCCCGCGCGCAAGUUCUCCAGCUCCUUUGCCAUCGACAGCAUCCUCAGCAAGCCCUUCCGCCGCCGCGGAGACCAGGGCGCAGAGACUAGGUCCUAUCCCCAGCCCGCGAGGCUGCUGUGGUCCGCCGCCGCUGCCGCCGGCGCUUCCUCCUUACCGGGAGCUGCCGCAUACCCGACCUUAACCGCCUUCUCUCCAGCCCCGCACCCCCAGCAGCAGUCCCCGCUGUUCCCCAGGGGAGGUGCGCGGGCAGCCACCGCAGGCGGGACUCUCUUGCAGCUGUACGCAUACGGAAUGGGCGAGCCCGUUCUCGUGGAGACUCGGAGAAGGGAGAUGCCUCUGGCUCCGGCUUCUGAGCCUCGUGUAGAGGAUCCCCAAGUGCAGCAGCUUUUCCUCUCGCCUUCCUUUUCCCCGUCAGCCCCGGCCAAGGCUUUCCGAAGCCCGCUGGCUGCGGGCAGUUCGCAGUUGUACUGCCCCCUCCGAUUAUCCGGAGCCUUACAAGCAGCUUCGGGAUGCGGCCCCAGCACUUACCAACCUUACCCCAUAGAGACUCUUCUCGCCUAAAGGAGAAAAUGUGGUGCGAGAGGAGGUGGUGGUAUUUGGGCUGGGGAAUGGGAGGGGGA